CCGGUCUUACGUCAUGAAAGCACACCUGCGCUGAAGUUGUGGAAAGGAGCACACGCGACGCCUGUCAAAGCAUUUAACCUCACGUUUUGGAACGAGUCUCUUGAAGUCUGCGGGGUUUUUCAUCUCCAAAGCAUGACCACGUUCCCGGUGUGUCUGGUUUUGGUAUCGAUCUGGCCCCUCUCGCCCACGGGGGCAUUUCCACGGAUUGGCACUGACUUGGGAGGCAGCAGGACAAGGCGAGAUGUCACCUGCAGAGACGGCCUGGAGUACCCGAACGGCAACAUCUGCUGUCUAAACUGCCCAGCUGGUACCCAUAUGAAAUCGCCCUGCACCAUCGCAGGAGAGAAGGGGAAGUGUGAGGAAUGCGAUUAUGGGACAUACACUGAGCACGCCAAUGGACUGGAGCACUGUUUCAAGUGCACACUGUGUCACUCGGAUCAGGAAAUUGUAAAGCCAUGUACUCCGAGUCAAGAUACUGAAUGUCAGUGCAAACCGGGAAGAUUUUGUGCUCCUGACCAAGCGUGUGAGGUGUGCAAGAAGUGUUCAAGGUGUGGAAAAGAUGAAGUGAUAGGGAGAAAUUGCACCCCCACUACCAACACGGAAUGCAAGAAAAUCCAACCCAGCUCCGGCUCUACCUCAGCAAAUACCUGGGUGAUUGUGACACUGUCACUGUUAGCUGCUGGGGCAAUUGUGGUGGUAAUGGCCGUGUGCAUGUGCCGACGUCAUAGAGCAACAGAUUCUCAGAGAAAUCUACCUGAUGGGCCAAAAGCUGGACAGCAGUACAGUGACAACUGUCCCACUGAGGAAAAAAGGAACGGAGAAACCCGAAGCCUGAGCAGCUUGAAUCAGACCCGGCCGCUGGUGAGAGCCAAGUCCUCUGCCGGCAUGGAGGAAGAGCGUAAAGUGCUGUGUGAAAGCCUCAGCAGCUCAGCCAGUAACUCCCAGCACAGUCUAACUGGCUUACUCUCCCACCCCGCAGCUCCCCGCAAAGCCUGUCCUAUGGUCCCCAGACAGCCCAACAGGAGGGAGGACGAACAAUUCCCCAGUCUUGUUCCUGUAAAUGGAGUAGAGUCUUUGAGGAAAUGCUUUGGGUAUUUUGAAGAAGUAGAUGUCAACUACCACAAGAGAUUCUUCCGUCAUCUUGGUAUUAUGGACAAUGUGAUGAAAAGCAAAGAGGACCUUCCCUAUGAAGACAGGAUCCAUGAGUUGCUGAAUAUCUGGGUGGAGAAAGAGGGAAGAGAAGCCAGCUUAAAUGACCUGCUCAAAGCCUUACUUGCUUUGAAUCAAAGGCGAACAGCCGAGACUGUCAAGGAGAAUGCUAUUCACAGUGGUCAGUACUUCUGUGAGUGUUAAAGAGAGGUAAUAUGUUUAAAAAAAACUGAUAACCUCAUGACUGAGAAUGCAUGAGAACUACAGUCUCAUGAAUAUCACUUUGUGGUCCUUAAUGGAGUAAGCUUGUGUCAACGAUCAAGCUUAUUUUUAUUCUCCCCGAAGGGCAAUUUGUUGUACAGUAUCAUCUAAUUCUGGUCAGAUUAGCAACAAGGCUACUGCCCAUAGUGGUGUUUGGCUUGAGUAGUAAAUCUCUUGCACAAAACGUGAAAGCGUGAGUACUAAUAAUCAUGAAUAUCAUGGUGUCCUUGUUGCUUCUUGCAAGCUUCAUCUCGCCCAAGACUGAUUGGCUUCAGCCUGGUCCAAGACUGGUUGGAGUAGAACUGCACAAGGCUACCACGGCCCAUAGUGGUCUUUGGUCCCGGCCGGUACGCUUACUGAAAGUGAUUUAGCUGCUAAAUUCUCUACAUGGAGUAUUUUUUAAAAAGUGCUCGCUGUCUUGCAUUUCACAUGUACAGAUUGUGCUUGUAUUUUGACUUAAAGGAAAAAUGGUCACACUGAUAUAGCAAUGUAACAUGUAAAGCACUGAACAAAAUGCCUUGUGAUCAAUGAGAUUGUACAAGUAUAUUAAUUUAUUAUGGUAGAGAACAGUUUUUUAUUAAAUAUGAUGAUCUCUGCCUCGCUAUAGUAAUUGUUAGCUGACAAUGUCUGGUCAGCACCUGAUCAAAAUGAAGUCAUGUUUUGUUAUCACCAGUCAGUGUUGUGUUUCUGGCCUGUUGUUACACUUCUGUCAUAACCAUCAUCACAUCAGUGACAUUUUGGAGGUUUUACAACACAAAGUUUAUACUGGCAGCCACUGCAACAUUGUAGUACUAAGUGCCUUGUCUGCCUUAUUGAGACGUUAAUCACAAUGUUACAGAAUGGCUUCUUUCAUGUGUUUACAUUUUUUUUGUCUGUUGCUUUCUCUCUCGCUUUUAGGUUUUGUAGUAUUGUCAAUCUAUUUUUUGAUUUUUAUUGUAUUUAUUUUUGUUUGGCAGAGCUAAGUGUUCAGUUGUCACAGCAAUCCAUCAAAUAGUUGUUGAAACAUUUCUGUCUGGACCAAGCUGGUGAACUGACUGACACUGCCAUCCUGGAGCCAUACCCCGGCCCUUGUGUGGGCAAAAAGCUAGAGAACUACUAAAUGUUCGUAGUUCUUAAACUGAGGUCGUGUUGUUAUCUACAGGACAUGUUGGGCAACACUUAAUCUUUCCAGAAACAAGUCUCUACAGUAUAAGUAAUUUAAGCCAUGCAGUCAUUGACACAUUGUUCAUACUGAUGUCUGCAAGGGGAAAAAAUCUAAUUUAUACCUGAAUUAAUUUAUAAACACUAGUUUUCUGCUUACUUAUUUUGCCACUACUGUGAUUGAGAACAUUGUAUAUACUAGGUUGAUAAUGUAUUAAGCAUUUGCUAUGUUUUCAAUUAAAAUAAGUAACUCAUUUUGA